UUUUACAUUCAUAUUUCAUUACCUAAAAUGAUACUCUAUUCAUAGUAACAGUGAAUUUAAGGUUGAAAUAUUUUAACUAGAUCCAACCUCUCCAAAACAUUCCUUUCUCAUAAAAUCAUAACUAAACCUACAUUUUAGAGAUUUUGGUCAGAAAUUUAAAGAAAAAUCCUUCUCAAAGAGCGAUUCAAAAAAUCUAAAAUAACCGUAAAAGGUGAGCAAUCUAUUCUCAAAAGUAUGUUAUCAAUGCUCCCAGACUCUCCUCAAACAACUGUUCUAGAUUCCAAUCACUUGAAGUAAACGGCCUCUCCGAAUGGAGAGUCAGCAGCGAGUUCAAAAACCAGAAGAAAUAAAUCCUUCAGAAAGUAUAACUCAAAUACCAAGAACACAAGGAAAUUCAACUCUAUUAAGACCAAUAGUGAGAAAUGGAAGAAAAUUGCAGGGAAUAUCUUCCGUGAAAAGCAGAUACCUGGAAGAUUUCACUCACCACCUGAACAAACAGCCAUGAAAUUAGAGCUAGAAAGGAUAAUCCACCAGAAAAGAGUAAUGAAACUACUGAAACCUCAGAGUGAUGACGAGUCAGAAUGCAGUCCCAUCAAAACCAAAACUAAAUAUUACCGAAAAUUAUUGAACUUUUACGAUAAAAGCUCUGAACGGAGGCCAAAAUCAGCUUCUUCUCCAAAGAAGAGCCAAGAUGCCAGCCCGCCCAAGAGAAAAGACAGUGAAAUAAAAAUUGAACUUGACAUUUCUAAAAAUUGUCAAAAAUUAAUGAGAUUCAGUGAUCUGAUGGAGAACCCGAGAGAGGCUCAGCAGAGAAGAUCGAAUGAAAGAAACAAAAGGAACAAAGGAAAAAGCAAACUCCUUCAGAAGAUCAAAGAGAAUUAUCAAAUGCAGAUGGUUCAGAAUAGGGUGAGUUAUGACAGAAGGAACUGUAAAAGAAGAGACAGUUAUGGACUCAAUCAUAAAGUAUCUCACCCUACUAAUAUGAAAACUAUGUCAGAUCAGGAUGGUUACCCUUUCUUCAUCUCUAAUUAUACGAAAGAUUCUGGGAGAAAGAGCUCCUAUAUGGUCAAGAGAUCUUGAAAAUCUAAACAGAAUAGUGUGAGAGCAAUUUACACAAGAGGGAACAAGAGACAUAGAAAGCUGACUGUAAAAUAACAGUAAACUUCUUACAUAAUUCUUCUAGGCUUCAGUUCCUCCUUAAACUCAUACACAGUAACCAGCAAGGUGGUUCACCCACAAGAUUUAUGAGACUACAAGAAGUUCACAGAUAACAGGUCCAAGAACGGAAACUUUAGAAAACUAAAGAAGAUAAAAGGAAAAAACUCUCUAAAUCUGGAUCGGCUGGUGUCUGAGUUCCCAAAGAUACCUUUCAAGAGGGCUGAUAGACAACCCAAUAGUAGAGUAUUUCCUUCGCAGUUGUAUU